GUGGACAAAAGAACUGCAUGAGAAAGACGCAUUAUCCCCACAACUGCUAGGGAGAAAUGAGUGGGGGUGUAUGUAGCAUUUUUUUUGUGAAUCAAGUCUGUGCGUGUUCCUCUGAAACAGCGAAAGUACAGAACACACAUGAGGCUGAAGUAACUGGGCGUUGUAAUGGAAUAGUCUACUUUCUUGAGAGAGAGGAAGUUUGCGUCUACCUCUGGCAUUUUGCGGGAAGGUCUGCGAUGUACAGGUCCCAAAUCCUGUGAGUGAAUUUAAGUUAGGAAUGUCCUGGACGACAAUGUUAUUUUAUUAAUUUACGCAACGUCGUUGUUGAAUCAAAGGCAGCUGACUAUCUGAACUCAACGCACCAACUCACCCGAUCGCUAAUUUGCGGACAGCUUUGCUCGUCGGUGCACAGCUGUAUCAUCUGCUGAUGAUGUAUUUACGUAAGUCGGUUUGCUCAUUCUGCGUUGGUUCUUUGAGACAAACUUCUCUUUAGUCAGAUAAGCCAUAACGGAUUCGGAGGUGAACUGACAACCUGGAUGCAAAAUGCAAAUGGAGAGAUUCGCAGACAUGGAGAAAUUGCGGAUAUUUGAGGACCUCAACAUGAUGUAUAUCCGUCAGAUAGCCCUGAGUAUACAGGACAGUGACAUCCAGAAGAAGAUUGACCAUGAGAUCCGCAUGCGUGACGGGGCCUGUAAGCUGCUGGCGGCGUGCUCCCAGCGGGACCAGGCGCUGGAGGCCUCCAAGAACCUGCUGACCUGCAACGCCCGCAUCAUGGCCUACAUGUCGGAGCUGCAGCGCAUGAAGGAGGCCCAGGUCAUGCAGAGGGUGGCGCGCAGGUCGUCUGAUGCAGGGCCAAUGGAUGACCGUCUCCCAUGCAAAAGCAAAGUAGCCAUCUCAGACCUGCGCAUUCCUCUAAUGUGGAAGGACACAGAAUACUUCAAGAACAAAGGAGAGCUCCACCGCUGUGCAGUGUUCUGUCUCCUUCAGCUGGGAGGGGAGAUAUUCGACACAGACAUGGUGAUGGUGGACCGGACGCUCACCGACAUCUGCUUUGAGAACGCCGUCGUCUUUAACGAGGCCGGUCCAGGCUUCGAGCUGCGUGUGGAGCUGUACAGCUGCUGCUCGGAGGACGACUGCUCGGCGGGCAGCACGCCCAGGAAGCUGGCCAGCAAGCUCAGCAGCUCGCUCGGGCGCUCCGCCGGCAAGAAGAUGAGGGCCGCCAUGGAGCCCGGCCCCGGCAGCCCCGUCAGCAACGGAGGCGGCGCCACACUGCUGCUGCCCGUCUCCUCCGUCCCGGGGCCCAAGUAUCACCUCCUGGCUCACACCACGCUCUCACUGGCCCACGUGCAGGACUCCUUCCGCACCCAUGACCUCACCAUCACCGCCAACGAGGACUGCUCCUUCUGGGUGCCGCUGUACGGGAGUGUGUGUUGUCGCCUGGCGGCCCAGCCCAACUGCAUGAAUCAGCAGAUGAUGAGCGGACGCCUGAAGGUCAAGCAUGGGAACGACUCUCAAAGCUGCACGAGCGUCUACGGUGUCCUCAAGGGGACAAACCUCUUCUGCUACCACCAGCAACAGGACAUCGACGCCAAUGUGGACCCCGCAAUAACAAUCGGCAUCAACAAAGAGACGAGGAUACGAGCGGCAGAGAGAGACCCCCACAGUAAGGCCCAGAGCAUCUGCAUCAGUAACCAGUACGGCGGGGAGGAGGUGACACACACACUCCUCACCGAGAGCAGAGAGGACACACAGCGCUGGAUGGAAGCCUUCUGGCAGCACUUUUAUGACAUGAGCCAGUGGAAGCACUGCUGUGACGAUCUGAUGAAAAUCGACCUGCCGUCGCCAAAGAAACUCGCCCCACUCACACCCAAGCAAGGCUCCCUCUACCAUGAGAUGGUUAUUGACCCGUCGGACGACAUCGGCACGGUGACGGACAUCCUGACGCGGCAGAUCCAGGAGUGGGAGCUGCGCACCCAGCUGAGGCGAGGCGCCGCCACUCCCCCCGCCUGGAUGGCCCUGUUUGAGGAGGAGGGCUCCCCGCCGACCACCCCCCAGCCCAUCCCCCGCCACCAUCACCACCACCACCACCAGCACCAGCACCACCACCACCAGCUGCGCUCGCCGGCCUCCCCACUCCUCAGCCCCGGACGCCAGCCUGGCCGCUGCGGCCGCCUGCUCUCCUCUCAGGCCAGCCUGGCGUCGGACAGCGACAGCCCCUGCAGCACGAGCCCCUGCUCCCGCCACUACGGCUGGGCCGCCGACUCCCCCUCCCCCUCCUUCAUCUCCCCGUCGCCCACGCCCUCCUCCUCCUCCUCCUCCUCCAAGACUCGCUUCCGGCCGCGCACCCUGUCGCUGGACGCCAAGCUCAGCACCCUGCGCGGCCGAGGAGUCACGGGAGGAGGCAUGAUGAUGAUGGGCGGAGGAGGAGUUGGCGGAGUCGGCAGGAUCCUUCAAUGCUCCCCGCAAACCCCGGCCCUGACGUCCUCCUCCUCCGCGGCCACCUCGUCCUCCUCCGUGGCCCCCCACCACCACCGCUCCCCCACCCUGGCCACCCUGUCCAGCUCCAGCAGCUCCAGCACGUCCAGCAGCUCCAGCGAGGGCAGCACGGGCAGCAGCACGGGCAGUGCGGGAGGCCAGGAGGGCGGCGACAUGCCCUUCGCCCGGCCCGCCGGAGCCCGACGCAGCCUCAGGAACUUGCGCACCAAGCUGGACCCCCGCAACUGGAUGCAGAGCCAAGUCUGACACACAGCCCAAUCCCCCUUACCUUCGUCCGCACCCUCACACUCACAAUCACAAUCACGCAUAGCAUUGCAUUUGGAAGAAGAAAAAAACAACUGUUGAGAUGAAGAAGAAUUUCUUGUCUCUUUCAUUUCCCUGGGAAGGAACUGGAAUGAUUAGGGGCCGAAGACUGUCCGUAUAAUGACAGAAUGGGAGCAGGCCAAACGCAGGUCUAUAUGACUGUAUAUGACGUGUAUAUGACAUGGGAGAUACCUUCUUAUCACUUGGGAAUCAACCGUUACACAAUGUUUACUCACAUGUAAUACCGACAGGUGUCACAAGGUGAUUCUUUGGAUUCUUUGAGCCCUUUUAGUGUCAAACUGGAAAAACAAAUCAGCAUCCACGUCGUCCCUCAUGAGCCAAUCAUAAGUCCUACUGGUGCCAUGUUCAGGUGAACUCCCCCUGUCCUGAGGAUGGAAAUCCUUACGGAGGUGUGGUAGGUGUCUCUUCCUUUGAGUUUAGCAUUAUGGGUACUACAGAGACUCCUGAAGACUGUGUACAUUUAAGCUUUUAACAGAAGGCUCAGUGGAAAUCACACAGACUGUGCAACUACUUUAAACUCACCACGUACUAAUAAUACUGUGAUAAUACUCAACUGUUGUUAACCCAAAUGCAGGUUUACCCUCGAGAUGUACCCUUAGUUACUGUAAAUCUAAGACUGUAAUAGAAAAAAAAGCGUUGUUUUAAUAACUCAAUAAUGAUAACAUUCAGAAGUUCCCUUAGAUUUCGUAUCAAAACAAAACGUAAUGUCAGCCUUGAGACUGUCCCUAGGUAGAGGAGAUGUGGGAGUCCUCUCCCUCUCCCUGGUAAACGCAUGCCUGUGCUUAUGAGAAGAGAGCAGAACAUGACCCCCCCCCCCCCUCCUCCUUACUUCUGGUCACCUGAAUAAGUGUGAUUGCAUCAGCUCCACUACCUGCUACUGUGAUACCCUCAGGACUACGCCAUUUUAUAAGGUCCCCCCCAGAGUGUCCCUAUAGAGAACUUCCCGUAUUUUGAAGUACCUCAUAUUAAUGUACAUGCAGUGCGUACACUCCGUACACCCUUUACUUCCCCAGAGAGAUGUUAACCCCCUCUGUACAUAAUAUGUGUCACAUUAACGCUGCAGCAGCCUGAGGUUUUUCUAUCAUUUUGGUGCAAUAGAGAGUUAUUGCUUCAUUUCUAUUCAAAUGGGAUUCAUUUUAUUUCUCUUUCUUUUCGUUCAGAAAGUUGUAGUGCUUUAAAUGAUUGAAAAAAAAAAAAAAAAAUACCCAAGUCAGAAAUUUAACUGUGGAGAUAGGACACUCUUAAUGAUGGACCACAUUUUUUAGUUUACGCGAAAAAAACAGAUUAUACAUCAGUCACAGAUAUUAGCUGAAUAAUCUGAUAUUUUUAUUGUACAGAAACUACAAAAAAUUCUAUAAAUCUUACAUCCCAUCACAAAUGCAGUAGCAGCAGUUUACCAUAAAGAUAAAUUCAGUAGUGUCCUUGUCUCCAACAAGACAAACAAAUACACAGUGGAUUGAAAGUAUGCAAUUUAGCAAAUGUCUAAUUUAAUAUAAAUAUGGAAUAUACAUUUUAUUUUGUUUUGCUCUCUCCAUAUUGUGAGCAUUGUCAUCACAGUAGAUGUAAAUUAGAUGGAAGAUUGUAAUUAUGAAAUUGGCAGGUUUCCAUGGAUCUUUAAUCUAACAGAGUAUCCUAUUGUCCCAUAACUCUCUUUUACAGUGACUAUAAAUAUGCUUCUGCAUCAGUGCAGACAGUGAGCGUGUUACACGGUUAUAAAGACUGUUUCCAGUGGCAAGCAUGACCCAGUGACUUGUUUCAUGAAGACUCUCUACUUACUGUACCAUGCAGUCAUAUCAGCCUUUGUUAUUAUUGUAAAGUUUUGUAAUCUAACAUUUUAUUUGUUCCUUUUAUGUUCAAUUGUUCAUGUAUUUUGUUAUAAAUUCUGAUAUAUUAUAUUGAUAUAUUAUUUUAUCAGUUACAGGCAUAACUGUUCCGUCAGAGAUAACACUGAUUGUUAACACCUGUUGCUUGGUAACUGGUCAGCAGGCUGUGUGCAUGCAUGUUACUCUUUCAAGAGAUCAAACUUUAAGAGGAAGAAGCUAACUCCGUACCUAGCCCUAACAAUAAAUUAUUCAUGAAGUAAAUA